AUGGCGGACGCGGAGGAGAAGUUUAAGAACUUGCUUUCGAGGCAAAGCAAGACUCUUGAAGAUGCUGUGGGUGAAUACAGGAAACGAUACGGGCGCGAGCCUCCCAGAGGGUUCGGAGAUUGGUGGCUGUUCACGCAGGAACACAACGUGAGACUGGUAGACGAGUUUGAUGCCAUUGACGAAGACCUGGCCCCGUUCUGGAGUCUGUCGGGCGUGGAGUUUCGAAGGAGGACUGUCCAAGUUAGCGAUCUUCCGUCUAUCGAUCUGAUUCGUAUCGUAAAUGGCAAGGUUGAAGGGGCCUCCAUUGACAGGUCGGAUAGCGAGGGAGGCCGUAGAGCAUUGGGAUUUAUGUCUUUGUUCCAUAAAUUUGAAGACAAGCUCCCCAACAUGUACCUCGCCAUCAACUCGAAGGCAGAGGGCAGGAUCUUGGUACCUUGGGAACACCGCCAAUUUCCUAACAUGACGGUACAAGAUUCAUCAGGUGGAAUAACCUCUAUGGUUGGGGCUGACUUCACUUCCGAUUGGAGGGGGGAAGGAAGUGUUUGGGCAGCUUAUCGCCGAACGUGUCCUGCUGACACUGAAGCCCGUCGCCUCUAUACUUCAUACCGCAAUCCCAAUGCUGUCAAUUCAAAAGUUUUCCUCGGUCCCGCUCAAGGUCCUGGAGACGAGUUCACCUUUGUGCCAAGCGUCGAAGAUUCCAUUGAUUAUUGUUCGUAUCCUUGGGCCCAUUACUCCCAGGGCAACUUUUUCUCGGACUGGCGCACGAUACCCGUCCUUUACCCUGUUUUAUCACCCGCAAAGACCGCAGGAUUCUUGGAUAUCAGGAUUCCGAGUCACUAUUAUUUCGGACAACAUCCCAGGUACACCUACGGAUUCAAUGCUACCGCUGAUGAACCCAAUGAGGUCGAUGACUUGGAGGUUCCAUGGGAAGAAAAGUUAGAUUUCAUUUUCUGGCGGGGUGCGGACACUGGUGGUGGUAGCACUCCCCCAGGCUUUGCGUCGCAUUACCAAAGACACAGAUUUCUUCACAUGACACACGAAAGCGCAGCAGGAAAUCAAACGAUUGUCCAUGCUGACCCGUCAAACCCCAACAACUUCAUUACCACUACCGUGUCUACGAAACAGCUAAAUGCCGAGAUAAUGGAUGCUGCAUUUGUUUCGACGACUGGUGGGUAUCCUGGUGGGGAGGAAGCACUUAGAAAAAGCCACCGCUUCGCACCACCUGUGCCCCUCGGUCAGCACUGGAUGUACAAAUAUCUCAUUGAUCUUGAUGGUAUGGGCUACUCGGGCCGUUUCUUGGCACUUUUAUCUAGUGAAAGUGCGGUCAUAAAGAGUACUGUGUGGCGGGAGUACCUCACAGAUUGGUUGCAGCCAUGGCUACACUAUAUACCUCUAUCCUCGUCUUACGCCGAGAUAUACAACAUCCACGCGUAUUUCUCAGGACCGACGCCCUCAACUUUGGAAGCUUCCAACUUGACCACAGAGCACAUGAUAAAGUCACUUGAGGGCGACCAGCAUUUACAGCGUAUCGCACGUGCGGGCCGACAGUGGAGGAAGACAAUUGGGAGGACUAUCGAUAUGGAAGCAUACGUCUAUAGACUAUGUUUGGAGUAUGCGAGACUCUGGGCCGAUGAUCGGGAUACGAUGAAUUUUGUGUUGUAA